UCAAAAACCUAGUCGAGGACAGCGGUGUUCGGCCAACCUGCUCUAGAAGCACAAUCUCCGAUACCAUCAGGAAGAGAUUAAUUUUCCAUCAUGUGCUCGGGCAGGGAAGUUAUGGUAAGGUCGUCUUGGCGGAGGAUACUUCUAACCAUCAGAAGUAUGCUGUUAAGAUCAUCAGCAAGAGAUCCAUGCUUGCCAACUGCAAUGAGGCGGAUGUGUUGGUGGAGCACCGAGUCUUACAGCUGGCAUCUGGGAGCCCCUUCCUUGUCCACGCGGACUUUGCAUUCCAGACCAAGAUGCUUGUUCUACUUGGUCUGGAAUACAUGAGCUGCGGGGACUUUGAUCAGUUCCUAAACAUGAAGGGGCGGCUUGACAUCCCCAGUGCAAGAUUCUAUGCCGCUGAGCUCGUGUGUGGCAUCCAAUAUCUCCAUUCUAAGGGCAUCAUCCACAGAGACCUCAAGCCCGAGAACAUCCUGGUGGCUGAGACGGGCCAUAUUAAGAUCACGGAUUUCGGUCUCGCACUUGAGAACAUGCUUGGAGACCGCACAGCCACCGAAUAUGCUGGAACAGAAGGCUAUGUGGCUCCUGAGAUGCUGGCUAAGGAGGAGUAUGGCGUUGGAGUGGACUGGUAUUCAUUUGGCGUCAUCUUAAAUGAAAUGAUUACCAGUAAGUGUAAGUACGAUCCUACACAAUUUGACAUCACACACUCCAGCGCCGAAGACAUCAUUAAAGAGCUCCUCCAGAGAGAUCCUGCCAAGCGCUUAGGAGUCCAUGGUAACAUCAGAGGCCAUAAUUUCUUCCAGCAUAUUGACUGGGUCUCUGUGGAAGCCCUUGAGAUGCCACCACCACACAUCCCUGUACCAUCUAUACCUCAACGCUGUCCCAAACCAUUCAACCUGGGCAAAAUGGAGGCAGCCGCCAAGAAGCGACGAUUGCCACUGAAACAUCAGGCCAUUUUCAGAGGGUUAUCAUUUGUCACCCAGUAA